GUUACCUAGUGACUGCUUCUUUAGUGACACAGACUGGAUAUGGCAGCCACUGUCAGCCUCCCGUGGAUAGAAAAAGCAAGAGCUCAGAUUCAAAACCUACAAGAAUGGAAGGACUUCACCGCCAAACUAAAUGAUGCUGUUCAGCAACAGAUGACUGAAAGCAAUAUUAAUACCUUCACAGACUUGUCCGAAUCAGAGAAGGUGUUUGUUCUGGAAAAGGCAUCCAGAGCUUUGCAUGCAGGACAAGUUUACAGUGAUGUGUCUGCACAUAUCAGCUCCUGCUUAGAAGAGAAUAUAUACAACGAUGUCGCUCAUGAACUGCAGGACAGUGAUAUUUCAAAAAGUCAUUCCGACUUAGUGGCAAGAUAUAUUCAGGAUGGAGUGAUUAGUAUACUGGAAAAAAGGCCUGGAUUGAAGGUGAAACUGCAUGCGCUUUUUAACCAGCCCUUGCCUGUUGCUUUAAGAGCCAUAACAUGGAGGCUGCAUCUUUCAAACACAAAAGCACGUAUGGAAUAUCUGACACAAGAGUCCAUGAACAAAGCCAGAUCUGUUUUGGAUGGGGAGAUUCUACUGCAGUGCCAGGCUCUGCUUUCCCAGGAACAAACUUGUCAGCGCCUUAAAGAUAUCAAAUACUCUGACAAGAUAAUGCGCAAUGUGCUUUCAUACUACCACAAACAUAAGCACAUCAAGGGAAGACUUCUUGUAACCAACUACCUCCUCCUUGUGCCCCUGAUUCAAGCAGUCAUGGAGACUAUGAGCCCCGACACCUCCCUGGUCUCUAUCUCUGCUCUGUUGGUUGAACAGUAUAUCACAUUUAUGGACUCAAGACCUUCAAUCAUGCAGGAUUCAUCAGCUGAUACCAGAAUAUUCAUGGAAACGGCACAGUUAUUAAAGAAGCUUGAUUCAGAUUUGGCACAAACUAUACAGAGCAUUUAUACAUCACAAGCUAAUAAGCUCCCACAAGAGGCCUUGUUACUGGGAACACACAGGAUAUUACAGCCCAUUCUCCAGGUUUUGUUUGUUGGUUAUCUAAACAUGAACACUCUAAUGUAUGUUUGGGACCAAUACAUUAUUGGACUUGAUGAGCCAGUGUAUAAUUGCCUGCCUGCUUUCAGCUUGGCUUUCCUUAUGUUACUGCGGGAACAUUUAAGUGCCUGCACCUCGCAUCAAGAACUGGAAAUAAUGUUUAAAACACAAGGACCUACGUUAUCUGUUCAGGAGUUUCAGACAAUCAUAAACAUGCAAUUUUACAGUGACCUCUAUGGUUUAUUGAAUAAAGGAGAAAGUAGCCAAUACCCAGUGCAUGAUCCAACACAAGCCUUUUCCCAAUGGAGUCAUUUUUCGAAAGCUACAAUUCUAUCAAGAACUAGACCACAAGACAGAAGGAGAGCAAGAGAGGAAAGAGAGAUGAUUAAGAAACAAACAGCAGAAAGGCAGCAAAAGGAAGAAGAAAUGAGACAACUUAGAGAAGAUGACCAAAAAAGACGACAAGAAGAUGAGCUACACCUGCUUCUUGAAGACACUAAGAGAAGGUUUGAAGAACAAAAAGCUCAUCUAGAAAAUCAACUAAAGCAGAAACAGCAAGAGAACUACAAUAUUCGUAAAGAAGCAAAUGAACAAAUAAGUGAAUUAGAAGGUGAAAUCAGGCGGUUAAAGCAGCAGAGAAGGGUAUCUUCUGAUGGAUUUGCAGUAGAAAGCCUUUCAGCUCCCCCUCCUUCUGUUAACUCUCAGAAUUCCAAUCCCAGGAAGUCACCAAAUCCUCCAACAACACCAAAGCAGGCAGCGGAGCCAGAUAACACAGCUACCGUUAAAGAAGCAAAGGGGAAAACCUCAAAUACAGCGGCCCUUCAUUUGCUAAACGCAAUUAUGAUGUCUGCAGAUUUAAUUAUUAACGGCCAAAGUACUGAGGAACGAGACACAUUAAAUGAGAUGACUAAGAAGCACCUGAAAAACUAUAAAGAGGACAUUAAGAAUGCAGAGAUUGAAGUAUUUGGACAUGAGCUUGAACUAAAUGAAUUGGGCAAUGUGAAAGAGCCGGAGAGGACAGCAUUAGCAAAGAGAUUAGCCCUAGCGACAGAGAGAGGAGUAGAGGCCCGUUACACUGCAACACUAAAACCACGAGAAAAACAGCUUAUGGACACAGUUACCUACACAAAUGCAAUUUGACAUCAAUUAGAUCGUUGUUGUACAUACUCUGAAUAAAAGCUUAAACGAAUAAAAAUGUAAUGAAA